AACGCGUAAUCUUUACGUUUGUGCGCGAGUUCUGCGACAGUUUUUAUCGUAAAUAUGUCUCUGGAUAAGUUCGCGGAAGGCGGUAUGCUGCAGAAGGAGAUGGAGCGUCUGGAGAUUGAAGAGAAGAACGGUGAUAGUCCGAGCAGCAGCGGGGUUGCUAAAGUCCUCGUAAGCAAUUUACCGGCUCAAAUACGACUAGAAGAGCUGGACCUGCUGUUCUCCAACUACGGCCAGAUCCAAAACAUCGAAAAAGUGCCGUCGCGGGAUCCAAAUACACAAAGCGUGCUCAUUAGCUAUGAGACGCAAGAGCAAGUACAACAGGCUGUGAACCAGUUAAAUGGCUACGAUUUCGAGGGCAAUCCGCUGAAAGUGGAGAUGUCCUCGGCGGAGAGCCGACGCAGAGGCCGCAGCCAACGCAGCGGCGGCGUGGCCUUCGCCGGACUCCCGGGUUCCGGUCGCCAGACGGAUUUCCCGCUGCGUAUCCUCGUCCAAUCCGACAUGGUGGGUGCGAUAAUCGGCCGACAAGGUUCCACCAUACGGCAGAUCACGCAGAUGACGCGCGCCCGGGUCGAUGUACAUCGUAAGGACAAUGUUGGCUCUCUGGAGAAAGCUAUCACCAUCUACGGCAAUCCCGAGAACUGCACCAAUGCUUGCAAGAAGAUCCUGGAAGUCAUGCAACAGGAGGCCAACAAUACGAACAAGGGUGAGAUCACUCUGAAGAUCCUCGCGCACAAUAAUCUCAUCGGCCGAAUCAUCGGUAAGGGCGGUAACACGAUCAAGAGAAUCAUGCAGGACACCGAUACGAAGAUCACCGUUAGCAGUAUCAACGACAUCAAUAGCUUCAAUCUCGAACGCAUCAUCACGGUUAAGGGAUCGAUCGACAACAUGAGCAAAGCCGAGUCCAUGAUCUCCAGCAAGCUUCGUCAAAGCUACGAAAACGAUCUGCAAGCUAUGGCUCCCCAAAGCAUGAUGUUCCCCGGCCUGCAUCCGAUGGCCAUGAUGUCCACCGCCGGCAUGGGCUACAGCUCCCGUGGUCCCGGCCUCUAUGGUUCUGGACCCGCCCCAUAUCCCUACCAGAGCAGCCUGCCUACUCAACAGGGCGUCCCCGCCAGCGAUACCCAGGAGACGACUUUCCUCUACAUUCCCAACAACAGUGUCGGCGCCAUCAUCGGAACCAAAGGCUCCCAUAUCCGUAACAUAAUCAGGUUCUCCGGCGCGAGCGUAAAGAUCGCUCCUCUUGAACAAGAUAAGCCGGCUGAGCAACAGACUGAGAGGAAGGUCACCAUCGUCGGCUCCCCGGAAUCUCAGUGGAAGGCCCAGUAUUUGAUCUUUGAGAAGAUGCGGGAAGAGGGAUACGUCGCCGGUACCGAAGAUGUUAGACUGACUAUCGAGAUCCUCGUGCCCAGUACUCAGGUCGGCCGAAUCAUUGGCAAAGGUGGUCAAAACGUGAGGGAAUUACAGCGCGUGACUGGUAGCGUUAUUAAAUUGUCAGAACAGCAAGCAACUCCUCCUUCAGCAGAAGAGGAAACAACUGUCCAUAUAAUCGGUCCCUUCUUCUCCGUUCAGUCGGCACAGAGAAGAAUCCGCGCGAUGGUAUUGCAAUCAGGUGCACCCGGUGGAACCGGUGGUGCUGCACGCGCCGGUCGCGGUAGCAGCCAAGAGGGUACCUCCCGUUCUAAAAGAGAUGGCAGCGCCACUUCCCAGGGCGGCACGACGUCGCAGCCCAGCUCCCAACAGCAGUCUAUCGGCUCGCCAUCGAGCCAACAACAGCAGCAGCAGCAGCAACAGCCGCAGCCGCCAUCAUCGCCGCAGUAACAUUAACAUCGAUGACACCGACCUGACGCGGACCGACGCCACAAACGCCCAUCCGCUUCAUUCGCCGGAGUGGCCUCGUCGUCGCUUUGACAUUCUCUCUCGUCGAGAGGCUGAGCUUAUCGCGAUCUCCUCCUCUCGCGGGGCGCGCGCGACCCUCCCUGAUGAGGGAGGGUUUCGAACGAGGGUGCGCGACGCGCAGAUCGCGACGGGAAGACGCCCGGCAAUGUUCUGAGAAUUAACUCGAUUCGAGAUCCAACAACUAGGUUCGCGGACUCUCGCACUCAGUGAGGUAGUAACAAUAUUCCCGUUAUCAGUUUUAUAAAUGAUUCACGAGUCCUGACUCGACGAAUCAACGCGGGAAUUCUAGAAGAGUGCUCGGCGAGUCCACAAUUCGGCGAGUUAAUUCUGAGAAUUCGAACGAAGAAUUGUUAUUCCAAAGAUUCUAAUUCCAAGACUCGAUUGUUGUGAGUCAAUCUGAAGAGUCAACGAGGCCCUGGGCCCUCCGUUCGGUUCGACACGGGCGCGUUCAUCGUGAUCGAUGUUAAUCACGUGCGAAUGAUUAAUUUAAAGUUUUAAGUGUCCUUUUCAACAAUAGGGAUACAAAUUGUGAUUAAUCGCAUUGGUAUUCAGUUGAAAAAAACGAUUGCGAUUCUUGAAUUACAACUUAAACGCAAAGCUCGGCGAAUGAUAGGCGAAGCAAAGGCGAAGCUGCAAUCGAUCGGAGGAGCACCGAACAUAUGUUAUCGAAUCUGGAUUUGUCCAGGUAGACACUGCCCAUACGCGAUCGCUGACUCUCACGACGAACUCCCAUCCUCGUUGACGAGGAUCGUGGCGUUUUCCCCUUUGCUCUACGCGUCGCGCCUGCGUCCCGCGCGCACACCCCCGCGAUAGCGACGAAGCGACAACACACAGCCGCGCACGACCCAAUUUCGCAGCGCUAACGAAACCACCGCCGCCGAUGAAAUAGGACACUUCGACGAGAAACAAACUGAUUAAAAAAAAAAAUAGAAAAAAAAGAAAAACACACACAACCUUAUUACCUCAUUGCAUUACGGUUAAAGAUUUAAUACGAUAAAGGAAAGUGAAACGCGCGGGAGAAGCGAUAAACCGAUUAAUCUAAAAAAAAGAAAAA